AUGAAAUUUAUAAAGAUGAAAUAAUUUAUAUGUUAAUUAUAAUGUAAAAAGUGUUAAUCGAAGCAAUAAAAUAACAAUGAAUCUAGCAUGCAUGCGUGCAAGCAAGCAAACAAGCAAACAAAUAAUAAUGAAGAAAAAGCUAAGAAAUAAAUAAAGAAAUAAAUUAUUCAAGCAAGUUGGUUUGAAGAAAAAAAAUAAAAAAUCAAAGAAAAAGAAAAACCAUUGGUAAUAUUAUUACAAAUUUUAUAAUAAUAAUUCGUCAAAAAAGCAAAAGAAACAAGAUUUUUUCGAUACCUAAAUAUAAAUACAGUUUAUCAGUAAAUGCUACAUGAAUAACUCGAGAUUCUAUCCAAAGAGAAGAUUUAUGAGAAUAACUUCAUACAGUUGCAGAAGAUUGGCUAAGGAGGAUUCGCGAGUGUAUAUCGUGUUGUGCAUAAGAUAGACGAUACUGAAUAUGCUGUGAAAUAAAUUCAUCUCAAGAUCAAAGAUAUUAAAGAAGACUUGCAGAAGCAUUACGAAAAGCUUAUUAGAGAAGCUAGGUAUUUAGCUUAGGUGAAUCAUCCAAACGUGAUCCGCUAUUUUCAUAGUUGGAUUGAAGUCACUGAAAAAAAGAAAUCCUAAAAAUAAGAAGAGUAGAAGAGAUAAACAUUGGAAUUAAGCAGUUCAUUUGCAAAGAAGAAGAAAAGCAAGGACAAUAACAAUGUCUCUCCUAGCAAAAAAGACAAGAAAGAAGACAAAUAGUUAGCCAUUCAAUCAAACUAAGCUAAUUUAAAGCAGCAACCUGCAAAUAGCAAUAAUCCAGCUGGAUAAAACCAAUAAAAAGUAGUUGAUAGCAAUAAAGGAGGCAUUAGCUAGGUAGCCAGCGUGUAAAAUAAAAAUAGCGAUGCUACUAACAUUCAUAUUUAGGCUUAGACAAACAAUUAAAAAGGUAAAUAACAGCAGUAGUAGUAGGUAAAUUAGGGAAAACAAACUUAGUAGAUUUAGUUAAACAAUUAAGAUUAAAGUGAUGAGGAUAACAAUGAAGAUUCAAACACAUUUUAUUUUGAGGAUGAAUUUGAUAAUGAAGUUGUUUUCAUCGAAGAAAAUUCAAAGUCAAUAAAACAAGAUGAGAGUCAAUAGGAGAAUUCACAUUCUUCAGGAAAUAACUUAAAUCAAAGUAACAUAAAAAGUAAUAAUGAUAUGAGCGACUAAUCUCCUAUUCCUAAUCCAAAUGUAGCAAGUAAAUAAAAACCCUCAUAGAUAAAAAUUUUUAAUAAUAAUUCAAAUGGCAACUCAGCAGAAAUACCAAACACUAAAAAAUCUUCAAAGGAUAUCAAAAAGCUUUCAGAAUUUUCAUCCGCCAUGCAUGGAAACAAUAAUGAAGAAAGCCAAGAAAACGAUAGUUAGUCAUUCAAUAAGGGAUAAUCCGAUUUUUAGUUAGUAUUUGAAAGCUAUUCUGAGAAAUCGAAAUCUGAUUUGAAGGACGAAUGCAAACAAAUAGCUCCAGAUAAUAACAAUUAAAAUACUAGUAAACUCGUAUAAAAUAAAAAGUAGGAUUAAGGAGAAAAAAAAAAUAUAAAUAAAUGUAAUAACAAUAAUAAUUAAAAUAAAAAUCAAAUUUUAGAAACUAAAAAGCAGGAAUAAAAUGCAAAUUGUGCCAUCAACAACAAAAACAACAAAAAUAGCCAUGACAUAUUAAAGAAUAAUUAGAUUAGUUAGCAAACUUAAAACAACAACAACAACAACAAAAAUCAGUUAUAAUAGAACUAAUAGUAGAAUCAAGCAAAUUCUAUUAGCAAUACAAAGUCGUAUGAGAGAAGAAAGAACAAAUCGAUGGACUAUUUGACCAUAGAUUAAAAGCAAAGGGAGUUUCAAUUAGAUAAAUAUGAUGAAAUAAUUUUUUAUCUACAAACUGAAUUAUGCCAUUAAACUCUUGCUGAAUACAUAACGAAUAGAAAUAAAAAAUUGUUUUCUUAGCAGUAAUUUAAUUAAAAUCUAAGCAUUAAAAAUAGCUGUGCAAAUAUUAGUAAUAACAGCAAUAUAAAAAAUCAGAAUCUCUGUCUUUAGUCUACAUAAUCAAUGUUCAAUAUGAAUGAAAGCAACAGUUUUAGUGGUUAAUAAAAUAGUAUUAAUAAUAAUUUAAAUUAAAAUAAUCUAAUGCAUCCAACUUUGACUUAUUCAAAUUCUUGUAACUGCAGUGAUCCCUUUGAUAUCCUCACAUUUGAAUAUAAACAACAAGCUAUAGCAAUUUUAAAAGAAAUAAUAAAAGGAUUGUAUCACAUUCACCACAUCUGCAAGAUGGUGCAUAGAGAUUUAAAGCCUCACAAUAUUUUUUUAACAGAUAACAUGCAAGUAAAAAUUGGAGACUUCGGGCUAGUAAAAAAAUUAUCAAAAUUGAUCAAUCCAAACUAAAAAAUAUAAUACAACGAUCAUUAAUUGUACGGUAAAAAGCUUGGAAAUGAUAAUUCUGGAAUGAAACAGACUUCCACCAACAAUUCAUUUUCUGGGGCUUCAACUUCUCCGUCGGAAACUAAUUCUGGCUAUCAUGACAAGCUGCCCUUUUAUUUACCAAAAGAAGAAAUCACUUCCACUUGUGGUACAGCAACUUACGCUUCUCCAGAGUAGCUGUCUCAAAAGGCUGAGUUUUUUGAUCACAGAGCAGAUAUAUAUAGCUUGGGGAUUAUCAUUCUUUAGCUCUUUCACCCAAUGAAUACUUCUAUGGAACUAGUAAAAACGAUACAAAACUGCAAGAAAGGAGAGCUUCCUAAGCAUUUUUGUGCCAAGUUCCCUCGCCUUGCUGAGAUUAUUAAGGACAGUCUUUCUAAUGACCCUCAGAAAAGACCUCUACUUUCAAAAAUAGAGCAAACUUUGUAAGAAAUGGAAAUGAUGGAGAGUUAAGUGCAUUGUGAAAUAUUGGGAAAGCUAAUGAUAACUUUCGAAUCAGAAACCACACAAAGCGUCAAAUUCGUAAAAGUAAUCCGCAAUUCGCUCUAUUUUUAUAAAAAUGAGACCAUCCAGAAGGCUGAAAACGUUUAUAACAUAUAAGAGUGUACAUUCAGACUAGUGAUGGGAUAGCAUGGAAAUGUGGAAGAAAUAGCAGUCUAGCAUCCCAUACAGUAGAAUUUUUCAAUCCGCGCAAUUUAAAUUGAUAAAAACCAGCUGCUGAUUCAAAAACUGUAAAAGUACUCAAUUUUUUGA